CGGGAGGAGAAGGCUGGCGUUCCUCGGUCAGCGCCGGCGGAGGAGGCGGGGACGCCGCGGAGGGGUCGGUAGUUUCUAGUUCUGGAUCCGGUACCGUAAGGGCCGCUGGAACCCACGGCGUGGUGGAGUCGGCGACCCUCGGGAGGAGGCGGAGGUCGGCGGCGGCGGAGAUUUCCUUCAUGGAGAGAAUCUCAUAGUAUGAUCAUGAAGUUUAUGUUUCAAGAAGUUUCUUCUGGAAUAAAAAUGAAUUUUAUAUGGCAGAAUCAAGAUAAUUGGUUUGAUAUAUAAAAAAAGUGGUGCAUAUUUUUAAUAAAUAACCAUGACAACUUCCCAUAUGAAUGGGCAUGUUACAGAUGAAUCAGACAUUGAAGUAAAAAAUGUUGAUCUGAUAUCUCCAGAAGAGCCUCAGAGACAUCGAGAGAUGGCGGUUGAUUGUCCUGGAGAUUUGGGAACGAGAAUGAUGCCAGUACGUCGAAGUACACAACUAGAACGAAUUCGCCAACAGCAAGAAGAUAUGAGGCGUAGGAGAGAAGAAGAAGGAAAAAAACAAGAACUGGACCUUAAUUCUUCCAUGAGACUUAAGAAACUAGCACAAAUUCCUCCCAAAAUUGGAAUAGAUAAUCCUAUAUUUGAUACUGAGGAAGGAGUUGUCUUGGAGAGUCCUCAUUAUGCUGUGAAGAUACUAGAAGUGGAAGACCUGUUCUCUUCACUCAAGCAUAUUCAACAUACUUUGGUAGAUUCCCAGAGCCAGGAUGACAUUGCACUGCUUUUACAACUUGUACAAAAUACUGAUUUCCAGCAUGCAUUUAAGAUACACAAUGCUGUCACAGUGCAUAUGAAUAAAGCCAGCCCUCCAUUUCCUCUUAUCUCCAAUGCACAAGACCUUGCACAGGAGGUACAAGCAGUUUUGAAACCAAGCCAUCAGAAGGAAGGACAGGAGUUAAAUGCUUUGCUAAAUGCUCCUCACAUUCAGGCCCUCUUACUGGCCCAUGAUAAGGUUGCUGAACAGGAAAUGCAGCCAGAGUCCAUCACAGAUGAGAGAGUUUAUGAGAGCAUUGGCCAGUAUGGAGGAGAGACUGUAAAAAUAGUUCGUAUUGAAAAAGCUCGAGAUAUUCCGUUGGGUGCUACAGUUCGUAAUGAAAUGGAUUCUGUCAUCAUUAGUCGGAUAGUAAAAGGAGGAGCUGCAGAAAAAAGUGGACUAUUACAUGAAGGAGAUGAGGUUCUGGAAAUUAAUGGCAUUGAAAUUAGGGGAAAGGAUGUCAAUGAGGUUUUUGACUUGUUGUCUGAUAUGCAUGGCACACUCACAUUUGUGCUGAUUCCUAGCCAGCAGAACAAGCCCCCUCCUGCCAAAGAAACAGUAAUCCAUGUUAAAGCUCAUUUUGACUAUGAUCCUUCUGACGACCCUUACGUUCCUUGCCGAGAAUUAGGCCUGUCUUUUCAAAAAGGAGACAUACUUCAUAUCAUCAGUCAAGAAGAUCCUAACUGGUGGCAGGCCUACCGGGAAGGAGACGAAGAUAAUCAACCUCUGGCAGGACUCGUUCCAGGGAAAAGCUUUCAGCAACAAAGAGAAGCCAUGAAGCAAACCAUAGAAGAAGACAAAGAACCAGAAAAAUCAGGAAAAUUGUGGUGUGCUAAGAAGAACAAGAAGAAAAGAAAAAAGGUUUUGUAUAAUGCUAAUAAAAAUGAUGAUUAUGACAAUGAGGAGAUACUAACUUAUGAGGAAAUGUCACUCUAUCACCAGCCAGCAAAUAGGAAAAGACCUAUCAUCUUAAUUGGCCCACAGAACUGUGGCCAGAAUGAACUUCGUCAGAGGCUUAUGAAUAAUGAAGCAGAUAGGUUUGCAGCUGCAGUUCCCCAUACAACUCGGAGUAGACGAGACAAUGAAGUAGCUGGCAGAGAUUACCACUUCAUUUCACGACAAGCUUUUGAGGCAGAUGUAGCUACUGGAAAGUUUAUCGAACAUGGUGAAUUUGAGAAAAAUUUGUAUGGUACCAGCAUAGAUUCUGUGAGACAAGUAAUCAACUCAGGCAAGAUAUGCCUUUUAAAUCUUCAUACACAGUCAUUGAAGAGCCUUCGGAAUUCAGACUUGAAGCCAUAUAUUAUCUUCAUUGCACCACCUUCACAAGAAAGGCUUCGUGCCUUAUUGGCCAAAGAGGGCAAAAAUCCAAAGCCAGAAGAAUUGAGAGACAUCAUUGAGAAGACUAGAGAGAUGGAACAGAACAAUGGCCACUACUUUGACACUGCAAUUGUGAAUUCAGAUCUUGAUAAGGCUUAUCAGGAGUUGCUUCGAUUAAUUAACAAACUUGAUACUGAACCUCAGUGGGUACCAUCCACCUGGCUAAGGUGAAAAAAAAAAUCAUUCCAUAGCGUGAUUGUACUUUUCUUUGGCAAACUGCCAACAAGGAAAAUUGCCUCCAUACUUUAAUGAGACUUGAGUAUUAGGUGGCCACCUGUAUCUUUAUACCUCUUUUUUUAUAUCUCUUAUGUUAAAAUGAUUAGAAGAAGGGUAUUCACUGUGAAGAGAGUUCUUCACCUCCAUCAUUUUAGGGAUUCCUUACUCAUUUUUGGAUUAUAAAUCUAAGCUUCAAACAAAGCAAUCCCAUUUUAAUCAUAAAAAUCUUUCAGUCCUGUUUUUACUUAAUAACUCAAUCUGUUUUCUACCGAGUCACAUUUCCAUAAAAUGUAGUAAGCAUGCAUAUAUAUGUACAUAUAUAUAUAUAUAUAUAUAUAUAUAUAAAAUACAAUCCAUGUCACAUAGUUAUAAAUAUUGAUGUUAUUUAACACUUAAAAGAAUUUACCUUGUGGAAUCUUUGGUCAUUUCAAACUAUGCCCCUCAACUUUAGAGAAGGACAUCAUUUGCCCAAAAAACUGAUUUUAGUCAUCAGAAGUGUUUUCUUUUAAAAAAAAAAAAAA